CAAACACAUUAAGAUUUGUCAUAAGAAAAAAAGAAAGAAAAUAAGUGCGAGAGAUGGAGAACUUCCCCGUGAUCAACUUGGACAAUCUCAACGGUGAGGAGAGGAAAGCUACACUAGACCAGAUUGAAGACGCUUGCCAGAACUGGGGAUUUUUUGAGUUGGUGAAUCAUGGAAUACCCCUUGAGCUUUUGGAUACUGUGGAAAGGUUGACAAAAGAGCAUUAUAGGAAAUGCAUGGAGAACAGGUUCAAGGAGGCAGUCGCAAGCAAGGCCUUAGAAGUUGAAGUGAAGGACAUGGAUUGGGAGAGUACCUUCUUCUUGCGCCAUCUUCCAACCUCCAACAUCUCUGAAAUCCCUGAUCUCUGCCAAGAGUAUAGGGAUGCAAUGAAGGAAUUUGCAAAGAAAUUGGAGGAGCUUGCAGAGGAGUUGCUAGACCUGUUAUGUGAAAAUCUUGGAUUAGAGAAAGGGUACCUGAAGAAUGCAUUUUAUGGAUCAAAGGGUCCAAAUUUUGGGACAAAGGUAGCAAACUACCCUGCAUGCCCAAAGCCAGAGUUGGUGAAGGGUCUUCGUGCACAUACGGAUGCGGGUGGGAUUAUCCUUCUCUUGCAAGAUGACAAGGUCAGUGGCCUUCAGCUUCUCAAAGAUGACCAAUGGGUGGAUGUGCCUCCUAUGCGCCAUUCCAUUGUUGUUAACCUUGGUGACCAAAUUGAGGUAAUCACGAAUGGGAGAUAUAAGAGUGUGGAGCAUCGUGUGGUUGCUCGAACUGAUGGGACCAGAAUGUCCGUAGCCUCAUUCUACAAUCCAGCCAAUGAUGCUGUUAUCUACCCUGCACCAGCAUUGUUGGAGAAAGAGGCACAGGAGACAGAGCAAGUGUACCCAAAAUUUGUAUUUGAGGAUUACAUGAAGCUCUAUGCUACGCUAAAGUUCCAGCCAAAGGAGCCAAGAUUUCAAGCCAUAAAGGCAGUGAACUCAUUUUAGAUUACUUCCAAUUACAACACACCUUAACUGGAGCUAUACCUAUACAAUACUGCCAGAAGAAAUUUUAUCAAUUUGGAAAAUUGAAGGAAAAAAAAAAACAGCAAGGAGGCAGCCAUUAUUUGUUUUCAAAUUAUUCAAUUGCUUAUUUCAAAAGGUGAUUUGAUUACCUUCAUUUCAAUAAAUAAUGAAUUAUUUCAAUAAUAAGCAUUUCCCCGCCUUCUCUCAUAUCUUUGUUGGGUUAGUUGAUAUAUUGUAUCCUUUAUUUACUUCAUUAUUUUGGAAAAUAAAAACUGAGGUUCCAAGUUGGCUGCUGUGACCCAA